AUGCGCUACACUAAAAUAGUGUCUGUGUGGCCAGUAGCCUUCGUUGGUGGACUGCGUUAUGAAUCAGUGAAAGUCAAUGCCAAAGGCAAGGUGGAAGGAUGGUUGGUGAAGUUUGACCCUUCUAGGCCAUUUUCUAUAGAUAUGGCUGGAUUUGCCAUUAAACUGAAGCGGAUCCUCGAGAAACCCAAAGCUAUAUUUCAUCUAGAUGCAAAGCCAGGGUACCAGGAGCCCAGUCUGCUGAAAGACCUGGUCACCAUGGAUGAGCUGGAACCAAAGGCUGAAAACUGUUCCAAGAUUAUGGUUUGGCACACGAAGACCAUGACUCCCAAUAUAAAAGGAGACAAAGACUUCACCAACAGAAGUGUUGAAGUAUAAGACCAAGAAGAUGCAUAUAUAGACC